GUGACAGUUACGGAAGUUGGAACGUACCUGUCAAAAGCUAGCCAGCAAGAUAAUCAUUUUAACUACCCUCACUGCCUGUUAAUAUUGCAGUUACAGUAGUAAUGGUUUAACAGACAUAAAUAAUGGGAUCAUCAGCAAAACAUUUUGCUCUGAAGCCGUCGAAGACCCUGCUUAUUUUACCCUGUCUGUUUACAUUUUUUCUCGUUGGAAGCCAAGGAGAGAAUACUGCCAUGGACAAUGUCGCCACUGAAAGAAUGGCUGAAGAAAGCCAUAGACAAGACAGUGCCUAUCUACUUAUAUACAUAAUGCUCUUAACACUGACCAUUUUAACUAUAUGGCUGUUCAAACACCGUCGAUUCAGGUUUUUACAUGAAACGGGACUGGCCAUGAUAUAUGGUUUGCUGGCUGGGGUCAUUCUCCGCUUCGGAGUGCACGUACCCCAAAACCUGAACAACGUGACUAUGAGCUGCAGCGUGAACGCCAGCCCCGCGACUCUGCUGGUGAACGCCAGCGGGCGCUUCUACGAGUACACCUUAAAGGGAGAGGUCAGCAGGGGCAAAGGUCACCAAGUCCAGGAUGAUGAGAUGCUGAGGAAGCUGACAUUUGACCCGGAAGUGUUUUUCAAUAUCUUGUUGCCUCCAAUCAUCUUCCAUGCUGGCUAUAGUUUAAAAAGGAGGCACUUCUUCCGGAACAUUGGCUCCAUCCUGACCUAUGCCUUCAUGGGAACAGUCAUAUCAUGCUUCGUCAUCGGGCUCCUGAUGUAUGGCUGUGUGUCGUUCAUGAAGGCCGUCGGACAGAUGGAAGGAGACUUCUUCUUCACUGACUGCCUCUUCUUUGGUGCCAUAGUGUCUGCCACAGACCCAGUCACAGUGCUGGCCAUUUUCAACGAGCUAAGGGUGGAUGUGGACCUGUACGCCCUUCUGUUUGGAGAGAGUGUCCUCAAUGACGCUGUGGCUAUCAUCCUUUCCUCGUCUAUCGGGGCCUACCAGCCCACCGGGGACAACACCCACAGCUUCCAGGCAUCUGCCAUGGGCAAGUCCUUUGGUGUGUUUUUGGUCGUCUUCAGCGGGUCCUUGGCUUUGGGAGUGGCCACUGGGGUCAUGACUGCACUCGUGACCAAGUUCACCAAGCUGAGAGACUUCCCCCUUUUGGAGACGGCCCUCUUCUUCCUCAUGUCCUGGAGCACCUUCCUGCUGGCUGAGGCCUGCGGCUUCACCGGGGUGGUGUCUGUGCUCUUCUGUGGGAUCACCCAGGCUCACUACACCUACAACAACCUCUCCCCCGAGUCCCAGGAAAGAACUAAACAGCUGUUUGAGGUUCUCAACUUCCUGGCAGAGAACUUCAUCUUCUCCUACAUGGGACUAACGCUCUUCUCCUUCCAGUCUCACGUCUUCAACCCCAUGUUCAUCAUCGGAGCCUUCAUAGCAGUAUUCCUGGGGAGGGCAGCCAACAUCUACCCCCUGUCCUUCUUGCUCAACCUCGGGCGUAAGAACAAGAUCAGCUACAACUUCCAGCAUGUCAUGAUGUUCGCAGGUCUGCGCGGGGCCAUGACCUUUGCCCUCUCCAUCCGUGACACGGCCAGCUACGCGCGUCGGAUGAUGUUUUCCACCACCCUGCUCAUCGUGUUCUUCACCGUGUGGCUGUGUGGAGGAGGCACCACCCCCAUGCUGUCCUUCAUGAGCAUCCGAGUGGGCGUCAACUCGGAUCAAGACAACUCUGUGACUGUCCUGGAUGACACUCAGCACAGCAGCACCAAACAUGAGAGUGCCUGGCCCUUCAGGAUCUGGUACAACUUCGACCACAACUACCUAAAGCCUCUGCUGACCCACAGUGGCCCCCCCCUCACUGCCGUCCUGCCGGCCUGCUGUGGACCCCUGGCACACUGCCUCACCAGUACACAGGCCUACGAGAACGACGGCCGUCUGCACGAGGACGACGCCGAGCUGAUCGAGGAGCAGGGCUCCAUUUACGCUGACGUCACCGUCAGCACCGACGCCAGCGGGCGCACCAGCACACUCCGCAAACUGCCCUCCUCCGGGGGCGGGGGCCUGGACGAGGGAUUGGAGGAGGGGCUGGGGGUGGGGCAUGAACUGGUCAUCAGAGGAACACGCCUGGUCCUGCCCAUGGAAGACCCUCCUGAAGCCCCUGUCCGCCUCCUGCCGCCCCCCUCCCUUUCCCACUCUGACCAAAGCUGGCAUAGACUGUGAGAACCCCCUGGUCGGGCUCUCUGUCUCUUCUCUCCACUUCCUGGUUCACAACCAGGGCUUCAUGGGAUUGGUAGUGAAAAGCUUAGCGGUACGCAAACACCUAUGGUCCUGAGAUUCAGUUAAAGCUAAGGUGGUUCUUAGGUGGACCUAACCCACACCCUCCCUAACUUCAGCCACACCUUCUCUGAUACGAACCUAAACCCCACCCUUCCUAUCCUCAACCACACCCUCCCUGGUUGUAACCUCAACUCCACCAUCCUUAACCUUAACCCCACUUUCCCUGCUAGUAACAAUAAUUCCACCUUCCUUAACCUUAACCCCACUUUCCCUGCUAGUAACAAUAAUUCCACCUUCCUUAACCUUAACCCCAUGCAUGCACGCAUGCACGCAUGCACGCAUGCACGCAUCCCUCCAAACCUUAACCCCACUGUCUCUAUUCUUAACCUUAACCAUACCCUCCUUAACCUCGACCCCGUCCUCCCUUGUCCUACCUUCAACGACUCCCUCCAUGGAGCUAGAAAUCUACGCUAGGUGACACUCUUCCAUCUGAGUGACACCAUCUUGCCUCUGCUCUGCACGGACCUUCUCAGCCAUUUUUUGUUGUUGUUAUAUCUUAUUUAAAAAGAUAAUAUAUUUAUUUAUUCAAAGGAUUUUUAUUUUCUUGUGUCACUGUUACGACAUGUUUAAUUUAUUUAUUUACGUAAACCUCUACUAGGGGAACCAGUCACGUGUUCCUCGUUCUCGCUCUCUAGGAUCAAUAUAGGAUAUAGAUGUAUUUGAUGUAUUCAACCUGGAUUAGCCUAUGCCCAGGCAACACCCAAGCUAUGCCCAAGCUGUACUACUCAGCUACCCCCAGUUUGUUUGUGACUAGAACAAGGGUGAUGUAUUGAGGGCUGUCUACUGUUUGAACAAGUGCCUAAUGAUGCUGAUUUGUACAUAUAAGUGGAUAGUGUGCAGUAAAUGGUAGACUGUCAGUGUAAAAGGAUGAAACAAAGGUUGUUGUUUUUUUACAAUGAAAACCUUGUUGUUACCAUGGCGAAUAGUGUGUUAUGUGCUGUAAACAUGUUGUUCACUCAGCAGCUCAAUUCAACAUGCUGUUCUGCGUUUCUAUUUGUUUCUGCGUUCUUUUUCCGGCACUUUCUCUGACCACCAGAGGUCUCUGCAGAUCAGGACCCGCCGUCGAGAACUUCAAUCAAUCUAUAAAGGAACUCAACACUGCACCCUAAACAUUUGUUAAUCCCUGACUACGCUUUUUAUUCCCUGACUAAGCUUGUUAACCCCUGACUAGAUUUGAUCUGUUUUGAGGACACCUGCCCAUAGAUCCUUUGCACUUUUUGGGCCAGAUUAUUUGACUUUUGCUUUUUCAUACCUAUUUUUACAUACCUUAUUUUAAAGAUCUGAAGAAGAAUAAAAACAAAAUGCUACAUACAACAAAAGCCAUGAGCUGUUUAACAUGGUAUGAGCAUGGUUGUAUAGUUACCUGUUAAAAUGCAGAGUUCACAGUAGUUCAGAUGUUAACCCUAAUCCAGCACUGCACUGGUUAAGGAAUCCACCUGUGUCAUUACUGUGUUUGCCUGUCUGGUUGUAAUAGUGCUUAUUGUUUAUUUGUGAAUACAAAGAUGUGAACAGAAGCUAGGAGUUUCAUACAGGAUGUUGUGAUGGGCAGUAAGGGUUUUUCUUACAUACUGUAUACUCUGUAGUAGAGAUGUUUGCUGGAGAAUAAAACAAUUAUAUUC